AUGUUCUCUUCCACAUAUGACUCCAACCUUUUCCCAAACUUCCCUUCCUCCUCUUACCCUAUUCUUCCUUUUCUCAUUGAUCCUGAAAAUGAUUUUGCAAGCAACACCCUUCUUGAUGACCCUCUUCUUGUUCCCUUCAUACCCACCACUCAUGAUCCUCCAUUCCCUGAAGAAACUGUUGCCAAUUUUGCAGUUGCUGACUGUACUGCCAUGCUUGAACAGGAUGCAAACACUAACUACGGUUCCCACUAUGGUGGCAUUUCCAAUUUUCUGACCCAGAAACCAGCCAUAGCCAAGAAAGACAGGCAUAGUAAGAUUCACACAUCUCAGGGUUUGAGAGACCGCAGGGUGAGAUUAUCAAGCGAAAUAGCCCGCAAGUUCUUUGAUCUUCAGGACAUGUUAGAGUUUGACAAACCAAGUAACACCCUUGAGUGGCUUUUCACAAAGUCAGAGAAUGCGAUCAAAGAACUAGCCCAAAGUAAGCAUAGCGGCAGUAUCAGUGGGGGUGACAAGUGUUCCCGCGACGCUUCUGUGGAUUCAAAUAACAAUAAAUCAUUGGCGGGUAGUGGGGGUGAUGGUUCUAAAGGGAGGAAGUCAAAAUGGGCACAGAAGGAUGAUGUUUGCGUUCAGACCAAAAAGGAGUCAAGGGAAAGGGCAAGGGCAAGAGCAAGAGAAAGGACUUGUUACAAGAUGUGUAGCAAUAGAAGGGUGCAGCAAGACUUCGAUGAAAGAUGCCCUGCAACUGGAAACACUCAAAUGCUGCACCAAUUGAGGUCAUCCAUUCAACCUGAACCAGAAGCUUGCGCGAGAUGGGUUCAGCCUUAUAACCCUUAUCUCAUUCAUAGUGAAGCACCGAGAGAUGGAUUUGACGUCAUUGAAGAAUCUAUUAUGAUAAAGAGGAACAUGAAGCAGUCAUCUAUGAUGGCUUCUCAUCACCAAAACCAAAGCCAAAACCUUGUGAUCCCUAGGGAUGCAACUUUCAACAACACUGUGUGCCCCUUGUUACCCUAUUCCUCUCCAGACUGGGACAGUAAUGGGGCCGUUAGUGGACGCUCCAACUUUUGUGGAAUAGGCACCAUGAACCUAUCUACGUGUUUCAUGAACCCGUGGUAA